AUGGGUUUAGCCAAGCAACAGGCUUCUAGCUCCUCCUCUUCUUGUUCCAUUAAAAUGCCACCUUCUCCUCCUCUUCCUAGGGAGGACACACCUCUUCUCGGCAAGGGUCCUCCUCUCUCCAGCCAGUUCAAGACCUUCGCCAACGUCUUCAUUGCUGUCGUCGGCGCUGGUGUUCUUGGUCUUCCUUACGCCUUCAAGCGCACCGGCUGGCUCAUGGGUGUCCUCCUUCUCGUCUCCGUCUCUGUUUUGACCCAUCACUGUAUGAUGCUUCUCGUUUAUACCCGCCGCAAGCUUGACUCUUUCAACGGCGGUUUCUCCAAGAUCGGCUCUUUCGGUGACCUUGGCUUUGCCGUCUGCGGCUCCCUUGGGAGGCUCGUCGUUGACCUCUUUAUAAUUUUGUCUCAAGCUGGCUUUUGUGUCGGAUAUCUUAUCUUCAUCGGCACUACUCUAUCUAAUCUCUUCGAUCCUGAUUCCCCCACCAGUCUCAGGCAUCAGAUGACACGCCUCGGCUCUGAUUUCCUGGGAGUCUCCUCUAAGAGUCUCUACAUCUGGGGAUGCUUUCCCUUCCAGCUUGGCCUUAACUCCAUCAAGACCCUCACUCACUUGGCUCCUCUUAGUAUCUUCGCCGACGUUGUUGAUCUUGCAGCUAUGGCUGUGGUCAUUGUUGAGGAUUCCAUGAUUAUUCUCAAGCAAAGGCCUGACGUGGUUGCCUUUGGUGGUAUGUCACUCUUCUUCUAUGGCAUGGGCGUUGCUGUUUAUUCCUUUGAAGGUGUUGGAAUGGUCUUGCCUCUUGAAUCUGAGAUGAAAGACAAGGACAAGUUUGGCAAAGUCUUGGCACUCGGCAUGGGGUUCAUCUCUAUGAUAUACAUAGCCUUUGGUUUCUUAGGUUACUUGGCAUUUGGUGAGGACACAAUGGACAUCAUCACCGGUAACUUGGGGGCAGGACUUAUCAGCACUAUUGUUCAGCUUGGACUCUGCAUCAACCUUUUCUUCACCUUCCCCUUGAUGAUGAACCCAGUAUUUGAAAUAGUGGAGAGGCGGUUCUCGGGUGGGAUGUACUCUGCGUGGCUAAGAUGGCUGCUAGUCUUGAUUGUGACUUUGGUGGCUCUCUUUGUGCCAAAUUUUACAGAUUUUUUGUCAUUGGUGGGGAGCAGCACUUGCUGCAUCUUAGGGUUUGUGUUACCUGCUUUGUUUCAUUUGCUGGUGUUUAAGGAAGAGAUGGGGUGGAAGCAAUGGAGCCUGGAUAUGGCGAUAGUGGGACUGGGCGUAGUUCUUGCUGUGUCGGGAACUUGGAGUUCCCUGAGUGAGAUCUUCUCGGUCAAAGUGUAA